UUUUGUUUUGACAAAAGCCGCCAAUUAUUUUGCAAAAAUAUACGUGCGAAAAGGACUUGCGCCUUGCGCAAUUUAAUGUCUUAAAACUAAAGUGAGCAACUCACAGCAGUGAGUAUCGGUUUGUGCAGCAACUGGAGAAGACGGGCAUUGGUUACGGUUUUGGUGUUUUGGCCACUUAAGUUAUUACGUGGAGGCAAAGAAUGUGAUAUGAAAAGGAUAAUUUUGUGUGAAAAAAUAAUAAACUUUGCUGCCAGUAACUUAGUGCACAGAUUGCAUCGAAAUAUAUUUAAUUUUGCUAGGAAAUGGAAGAAUUCAAAAGUAUAACGCCCACCUCGUCGGUGGUGAAAAUCGCCGCAUGCCUUGAAAAAAUCUUUAAGAAAAUCACCGAAAGCCGGGAAAAGAAAAUCGCUGAGCAUAACAUCAAAGAAAUCGAAUUUCUAAAAACACAAUGCAAAUCGGAUAUUGUACAGCUGAGUUUGAUGAGUUCUCAAACAUUUGUGCGGCUAGUGGAAGAUGGUGUAUUAGAGACCUCGAAUGUGCUUGCAAUGCUAAUUUCCAUGCUGCCGAGCUCCAGUCCCACGCAGUACACCACCAUCACCGAGGGCAUCGUCAGCAUACUCCUGCUCGGUUUGAAGCGGAAAGUCGCACUUUUGAAAGGAAACGAAACGUUCCAAAGCCAGUUUGGCCUGAAAACACAGCAGCAUCCAAUUAUAACGUUACUGCAAAAUCCCGUCGUGAAUAUGAACGAUGUGGCCAACAAGAUUGUCGGUAUUUGCAAUCAUCAUGACCAGCAAAUAAAGGAGCAUAGUAUUGAAUAUUUGAGACCGGUCUUCCUUUACGUGCUGUGUAAUCCUCAAACAUUGCCCGAUUCCAAGACUAUCUGGACCGGCCUGCUAUCAUUAAGUAAAACUAAUCUCGCCGCUAAACAACUUGUACAAGAAAUAUUUUCCUGGAGUAAAUUCAAUUCAUCGUCAACGUGCCUAUUCACGAGCAUACUGCUCAUUGAAGCCAUAGAACACUGCCUUAACUGUAACAACUUUACCACCGCCAUUGAUUUGUGCAUUUUCCAAGCGUUGAUUGUCAACAAUCUACCCAAAUACGGCAUCGAUCCGCGUCCAAGUCUCCAUUGUUUAUUGCGUGUGUUGCAUAGUACGCGUGAGCACACAGUUAAUCACUAUAAUGUCUUACUCAUACUGCUGGCCGAGGACCUGCAUCUGCUCGCGCCAAAUUAUCUACAGGAUUUACUACGCAUAAUCGCGUUCAUUGUGGUGCAGGAAUGCUGUGGGAAUCAAUACAUUCUGAACAUGUGUCUCGAUGGUAUCAUCCAGUGGAUGUCUCAGACUGCAUUCAUACCCGCAGAAGGUCUGGCACUCGCCCAUCAAAUUGUGCGUAAAAUAGUGGCACAAGGAAAGGAAACAUUGCCGGCAACUAAAACCACCACUGUGCGCACCAACGACUUGCAACCGGGGCAAGUGCGCUACUUGCAUCCAGAUAUUGCGAUUGCCUUUGAUCUGGCCAAACUUGUUGAAUCCUUUGACGAGUCCGAAUUUAAGGAUGUAUUCACAUUUGUUGAUGCGCUCAAUGUGAAAGCGAAUUCCAUGUUUUGUCAAAGAUUGCAUUUGUUCUUGCGCGCACUAUUUUUAUCGCGUGAGCCCUCCGUGGAUUGUUGGUUUAAGAUUUAUGAGGCCAUUCUAGAAAUAAUUAAAGUGAAUAGCGGCAUUGCCUACGAUUUCUUAAUGACGUAUAUUUUCAAAUUGGCGGGCGAACAACAACCUGAGAUUCAAAUGGAGUUGCUGCGCGGCUUGCCCAACUUUGGGGUGUCAAAGGAUAACAUACCGAUGAUUUUAAAUACAAUACGUAAUCUCACUGCCGAAAACGCCACAUUUUGUAUGGAUCUAUAUUUGCGAUUGUGGCGCGUCGAGUCACGUACAUAUCCCUUCCUAAUCAAAUUACUCUCUACGACUCAGAAAGACAACGACAAGCAGUGGGAAUUUGAGAUCGCCAAAACGCACACCAUACGUGAAAUUUGCUAUGAAAAGCCCACGCAGCAUGGUUCCGAUUUGGUAUCGCAUCUCUCUGAUACCUUGAACACGUGCACCGACGAUUCAGGCGACUUGGCCACUUCGCUGGCUCUGGACGCUAUCGUUGCACUCUGUGAUAGCCACACUGUGAACAUCGUUUCGACGUGGCGUGCGCUUAGCACCAAAUUUAGACACGAACGUCGUCCACGUGCGUUAAAAUCACUUUAUCGCUUCUUCGCACACAUACCAUUGCUGCACACACCCACUCUCGAAUAUGAGCAAUUGGUGGAUGAAGCCCUCGAGCAACUUUGGUUGACAGUUAGCCGCAGUGAUGCCGACCCGGAACUAGUACGAGAAGCACUGUCUGCAUUGAAGAAUUACGAAAUCGAAACACUGUUAGCUAUGCGUCACAUACCCAUUCAAUAUCGCCAUGAUACACCUGGCGUGCGCGAAUUCGUUGGUGGUCGUGAGAUCGUUGAUUUGCAACAGGAAAUGGUGCCGGGCGAGGUUUGGGUGCGUCUUCUGCAAAAUAUACGUCCCGAAUGUGGAUCAGCGGCGGCCGAUUUAAUAGCACAUCACAUAUAUGCUGAAAUAAAUAGCUACCGCGGUGGUGUUUACCGUUUGCCCGAAGGCAAGCCAGAACCGCGCAAGUUGCAAGGACUCUUUUCGCAGAGCCCAUUGCGUGCCGUAGUGAACUACUUGGUGGGUCAGUCACGCUUCGGGGAUCAUGUGACCGAGCCGCAUGUGGUGACAAAUGCAUUAAGAGCAAUUUCGAAAAAGUUUCCCAAGCCUAUACCACCGCUAGAUUGGUGCUUCCUACAUAGUUUUUUCCACCUCUCGUUUGAGGCAAGAAAAUACUGCAUUUUGAUUGCAAAAAACCAAUUGCUACAUUCUGGUACGGCGCGACGCUUGUUGGAGAACUUCUUGGGUGACUUUGAGCCGAAUUGUUUUGAAGAAGAUUUACUGUUACUGUUCUCGUUACUGCCGGAAAUCGCAAAUGGCAUUAGUCUACAAAUUUUAAAGAAUUUUGCUGAAAAAGUUGCGAUUUACAGCUUCAAGGAGUCACAGUUGAGCGGCUUCGCAGAAGGAUGCCUUUUUGAAAAGUUCAUAGACAGUGUGAAAUACAUUUUCAUAGGCAAAUGUGACAUUCCAGAGGUUCUCGACAUUUUCACACUGAUUAUUGAACGUUAUAUGGAUUCCAUGGAUUUGGAUUCAAAACUUUUUGAGCGCUACACCGCAGUGGUAUCUGUACUGCAUCCAAAUUCCAUUGAUGGUCUCACAUCGCCAGCCAAUUGGUGGGAAACUCCAAUUGGCAAGCUGAAAAAGGCCACCAUUAUACGCUGCUAUUUAGUGUUGUAUAACACGCAGUUACCUAACCCCCUAAAGUGGCUUACACCGAUUAUCGAUGCGUAUGCCACUAGAAGGGAGGAGCAGGCUUUCUUUUUCCGCCAUCUUGUUGCCACCUUAUAUGCCUUUAAUAACGACGAGCAGUCAUGCAAUUGGAUUAUGGAAAUGUUUCUUCAAAUACAGGCGCUCUUAGCGGAGUCGUCCAACAAAGAGAAAUUAGAUAAAGUUUUAUAUCUUUUAGAUAUUUUCAUUCUAGCUACGGUUGUGCUUUCCGGCUGUGCCGUAUUAUUGGGCAACUUGGAUGCUGUGGCCACACAACGCAAAGAUCGUUUCGCGCUUUUCCCAGAGAGCAUGCAAUUUCUUUGUGAUCACACAUUUUGGAAAGAUCAAGAAGCAAAGAUAUACGAAUUUUUGUUUAACUUAUACAAAAACAACGCUAUUCCCGAAACCUACGCCAUCACUUUCAAGGAUGCCCUUAUAUGUUCGCGCAAUAAAUCCUACUUCGAUAGCAAAGGAAUCUGGACAAAAUAUGUUGGCUUGCGAAAAUGACUUUUUGAAUUUUGUACGUUUAAAAAAUUUUAUACAACUGGUAUAUAGAAGUGCCUACAGGAUUUUUGCCUUUUGUCUCGUAUUUACACUAAACGCCAGUUGAAUUAACUUAAAUAUUUUCACAUAUUCCGUUGUUUUUCAAGAAAAGAUUUAUCAUGCAAUUUUGUUCACAAAACACAAUCGUAAAGUAUAUUUUACACUUUUGUAAACACUUCCUAAAAACAUUUUUGUAUAUUUUUAGUUUUUAGGAAGAAUAAUUUUCAAGUCGGUAUUGCUUAAUUUUCAGCUCAACAAACUUAGUUUAAUUGCAACUACACUAGCAAAUAUAUAUGACAAAAAUCAUAAAAUAAAAAGGGUUUUUAAUAUACUAUUUCUGGUCAAAACAAUGACAAAAAAUUUAUCUCAAACUAUUUUUGGUAUUUUAUUUUACUAAUUCAAUUGUUUUCUGUAAGGGCAAUUAGCAUUGUCAAAAGAUCGAUUUUUUUUUAUUUUAUUUUCUUAAUGUACAUAUAUUAUAUUUAAGAAUACACACAGAAAAUUUAACAUCGUUCCGGUUAAUAAAUAUUUUCGAAGUUACGCGCAAAUUUGUAAAGGUGUUCAAAGUGCUUGAAAGUGCUUUUCAAACUUUAAACGCGUUUUUAUGAAAAUGGUGUUUUCAAGGUUGUUGACCAACAUUACUCGAAAACGGCUAAACCGAUUAGUCUCAAAUUUUAACACGAGAUUCUUAAAUAUAUUUUAAUAUAUAUAUUUGUCACCGAAGGCCCAAGCAGCUAGUGUGCCCUUUUUUUUGUUUUUAAGUUAGUGUAAUAUUUUAUAUUAUUCUAAUAAAUAAUAAUAAUAAUAAUAAUAUUUUUUCGUAAUUAACCCAUUACAGCAUAACGUUCGAUAUAUCGGACAUGAGUUAAAUUAAAUUUGUAUCAAGCAAGUGUGAUGUGGAGGAGACUUAAAGGUUGUAAUCGAAAGAAAACUAUUUCUUCAACAAUGGCAACCCUUCAUUUGUCGACCCCUCGUAAAAAGUUCCCGUUAUUUUAAAUUUUUCAGUAUGGCGGAUUGCAAGCAGACUUUUUCGCGUAAAGGAUUGACUGUAGGUGAAAUUGUGAGCCUUUUGGAGAGCGAUGAUAGAAAUAUUAACAAUGAAAAUAUUAUUUACGUAGAGCCACCAAUCGAACUUGAAGGCCAAGUCACAGAUGAGGACAGUGAUAAAUCGGAUGAAGAGCACGAUGCUAAUUUGAAUCAUUUAGGACGUAAGUUAUUGCGAACUAAGUGCGAACUCCGUCGUUUUCAUACAAAUAGGGAAUCUAAUCAAGAUCUGAUAACAAUGUAGUUACGGUCGCAACCAAUUUCAAAAACAUGACAAUGACAACAGCCACGCGGUGGUCACACGUGAAUAAAGCAAAAAUUGCACUCC